AUGUCAAAUACAGCUGAUGAAGUUGUUACUUGCGGAGUUUCAAGCCAUGAGGACAUUGUUGUGGGGCGUCUCAGUCUCGGGGAUGAUGAUCUGCAAAAUGGUAAAGCUGAUGCUGAGGCAGAGCCCGAUGCUAAGUCCGGCUUGCCACCUUUUGAUCCAUUCUCUCCCAGCUCUGUUGACUCCAGAGAGGACGCGCAACUGAAAGUCCGCCUGGCCCGGUUGCAUUACGAGGCCCAAGAGGAAGCCCAAGCACGUCAGGCUGAGCUAAAUCUGCGUUUGGCAGUUCACAGACUUGAAAUUGAGGCUGACAAACAGGUGAAGCUGCGACAGCUUGAUCUAAAGGCAAUGGAGGUUGCUUCUGGAUCAGCUGCACAGUCAUACCCAGGUCAGGUCCCCACUGAUGCUCCUCUGCUGGGUGACUCAUCUCAGUAUACGUUUGACAUGAGGCUCGCCUCCUUCUCCAAGGCGAUCAAUCGGAUCUCAGGCAUACUACAAGCGCUCUCUUACGUCGACGUCCACGAGAACAGAGCUGAUACAACAACACGGCUGCGCUCCCCAUUGGGAGCGUACCGGCAACCUCAGGUGUCCCAGACUGGCAUGCAGCAACACUCUAUGGGCCACAACGCCACCACCUACCAUAUGCCACACUCCGUCUCCCAGUUCUCGCACAGUGCAAUGGGGGGCUACUGCAAUGGCAGCAUUGCCAACAUGGGGGACCUACCCUCUUACCAAGAAACUAUGAGAAACAGCGCAGCAGCAACAGGGUGGUACGGCGCCAAUCCUGACCCUAGAUACUCAACAAGUAUGAACAUGACAGGAAUGGGCACGCUGACAGGCAUGGCCGACACCACCAAAUCCAUCCCACCUUUCCACGCAGCGCCAAGGAGGAAACGACGGGUGCUCUUCUCUCAAGCACAGGUCUACGAGCUGGAAAGGAGAUUUAAGCAACAGAAAUACCUCUCAGCGCCCGAGAGGGAACACCUGGCUAGUAUGAUACAUCUAACCCCGACGCAGGUCAAGAUCUGGUUUCAGAAUCAUCGCUACAAGAUGAAACGACAGACCAAGGACAAAGCAGCGCAGCAGCUUCAACAGCAGGGCAACCUGUGUCAACAGCAGCAGUCGCCGAGGAGAGUGGCUGUCCCUGUCUUAGUGAAGGAUGGCAAGCCUUGUCAAGACGGCUCCAACACACCGACGCCAAACCAACAGCAGAUGCAGCAGCAGCAGCAGAACGGUUCCGGGGUCGUGCUUCCUACCUCCAGUAACUCUAUGAACCAACACCAAACCCAGCAGGUCAACGCACUGGUCCAGGCCCAAGACCUGGAGGAAAUGUCCCCCAGUCCCCCCUCACUCCACUCGCAGAUGAACAACAUGGGCCAGAUAGACACUACUGUAGAUUACACAAAUAACAUGGUCACGUCAAAUCUGCUUUAUGGCAGAACGUGGUAGGACCGGGCAUCUUUUCUUUCCUCCAUUUUUCCUCAAACUUUAGCGUCCUCUGAAUUAAGA